UAAUGGUUAGUUGGCGACCCUGGUAGCAGACGAUACAUUGGACAUCAUUUAAACAUGGCAUUUUAUAUAAGAAAUAUUGGAAUGUCUGUAUCUAAAAUUUUAGUUUUUUGUAAGGAUAUAGGAAAAUUCGGUUUCAAAUUAAGUGCUGUUAAACUUAACAGUACAUCAGUUGUAAGCCGGCUUGGAAUUAAUUCGAAUCAUGUAUGCUAUCAACACGAUUUAACCUACAAGAGGUCUUCCGGCGGUAUACAGUUGUUUAUGUCAGUAGGGCUUUUUAACUUUUUUGGCCUGAGAAACGACGAUAUUGAAGAAGAACCUGAACUAAUCACAACUAUAAAGAGGGGCGUUCUACUUACACAGAAAGGAGAGUUUAAGAAAGCAGAACAGAUGCUUCACAUUGCCUUAAAAUUAGCUCAAGAUCAACAAAAUUAUGAUGGCAUCACUUAUAUCUAUGAUUUACUUGCAAACAUAGCAUAUGAACGAGGAGAAUAUGGAAAAGCAGAAAAAUUAUUUCUUAGUGUUAUGCAGCACUUGUUGUCUGUGGGUGUACCCAAAACAGACAACAGAAUGAUUCAUAUAAGUCUCAAACUUUCAAAUAUUUACAAAAUUAAAAAGGAUAUCAGGAAAGCAGAAGAGGGAUUUAAGUUCUGUGUUUUGAGUCUCCAGAGUAAUAAUGAGAAAGGAAGAUGUGAUGAAGACACACUGUUGUUGUGGGCUAUGGCACUAGACUGGUAUGCAAGAUUUUUGGUGGAAGUGAAUCGUCUACCAGAGGCAUUUGACUGCUUCAAGAAGGCAUAUCACUUGUGUGUGAAAAUUAAUGGCAUGAAUAAUGAGGAAACAGUUGUACUACUAAAUGAUCUUGGCACAAUCUGUUUUGUUCAGAAUGACUUUGACAGUGCAAUUUCUUAUUUGACUCAAGCAGUUUCCAUUGGAAAUAAACUUCCUGAUAUGGAGGAUUUUGGCACUAUUCUAAUCAAUCUUGGGACUGUGUAUAUGAAAAAAGGAAUGAUGAAGGAAGCCAAACAAGUUUAUAAAGAUGCAUUGCAAAAUGCUAAAAAACACAACAAUGUUCAAGUCUUGAAAGAAGCCAGUACUUGUUUAGAUGAAUUGAAGUCAUCAAAAUCUACACAGCAGUAGUUCAUGCUAAAGUGAAUGUUCAUCAAACGAAGAGGACCCCAAACUAUGAUGAAUUUGUCUGCAGUAUUUAUACAGUUUAUGUUUGCAACAGAAUUCUGUUGUAUAUAACUCUUAAUUGCACAAUAACAGUUAAUGUUAAUUUUAUAUACUGCUUAUUGUAACAUUAAAAUACAUCUAAAACCAAGAGAAUAUAUAUAUAUAUAUAUAU